AUGGCUCAACCACAAUCAGCAAUUGUCACUGGAGGGUCCUCGGGCAUUGGGAGAGCCACAGCUCAUAAACUAGCUAGUCGAGGCAUUAAUGUUCUUGUAGCUGAUAUCAAUGUCGCCGACGGAGAGAAAGUGUCGAAGGAUUUGAAAGCUAGGUAUGGUGUUGACUCGGCAUUCGUCAAGCUUGACACGGCUCUGGAAGCGGACGUUAUCAACAUGGUGAAUACGGCGGUGAAGUUGUGGGGUCGAAUCGAUUGGGCUUGUAACUGUGCGGGCAAGGCUGAACUCCUGACUGAGGAUGAGGAGGGGGUGACAGAGAAAGUCUUCGACGAGAUGUACCAAAUCAACCAACGAGGCACCUGGUUCUGUCAAAGGCACGAAGCGGUACAAAUGCGGAAACAAGAACCUCGAAUCAUCACCUUGAUGCCCUCGGAGAGGACGGUUGAGACUCGAGGCUCGAUCGUCAAUAUUUCCUCUGUCAACGGAAUUGUUGGUCUGGGCCAGCCUGGUUAUUCGUCGGCAAAGGCUGGAAUCAUUGCAUUUACGCGGACUGGAGCACAGUUCUACGGAAAGGAUAAAAUCCGCUUUAACGCCGUGCUCCCGGGAUCUAUCCGAACGGACGCCAUGGGUGUAUGGCUCGAACAGCUUUCUGAGGACAAGAGAAAGUUUGUCCUGGAGGGACUGGUAAACUCGACACCGUUAGGGAGGCAAGGAGCACCAGAAGAGCUCGCCAACGCUGCUUCUUACUUCCUCAGUGAUGAAAGUACUUAUGUCAACGGGACUACCUUGAUAGUCGAUGGUGGGCUGAUGGCUAUUAAAUAG